AUGUUAGUCCUUGCUGUUGGCGAUGCACAUAUUCCAAGUCGGGCAAUAGAUAUGCCUUCAAAAUUUAAAAAACUAUUAAGCAUACCAGAUAAAAUAUCUCAUGUAGCAUUAUUAGGUAAUAGUACACAAUCACCAGAAUUUUUGAACUUCCUUGAUACAGUUUCUUCAAAUAUUACAAUAGUUCGAGGAGAAUUCGAUAAACCUACAAUUAUUACCAAUAGAUCUGAAGCAAAUGGAGUUUCUGAUAACUACGAGGAGACAAAUAUCCCUCUUGUGGCAGUGAUUAAAGAAGGCGAGUUCAGGAUAGGAUGCUGUAAUGGCUACACAGUCGUACCAAAGAGUGAUCCAUUAUCAUUAUUGGCUUUGGCACGUCAGUUAGAUGUCGAUAUAAUGUUAUGGGGUGGCACACAUAAUGUUGAAGCGUAUACUUUAGAAGAGAAAUUUUUCGUUAACCCUGGUAGUUGUACAGGUGCAUUUAGUUCAGAUUGGCCAAUAAUAAAUGACACAAUUUCAAAUAAUACUUUUGAACCCUCAAAUGCUAAAGAAGUAGUUGGAAAAGAAGGAGGAAAGAGUCAAAAUGAUGAUAUAACGACUAGUGAUGGGUCCAGCAAAGCAGAAGAUACAGGGAACACUGUCGCAGAUUCUAAUGUGAAUAAGCAAGAUACUAAAGAUACAACUGAGGAUGAAGCAUCGAUAAAUGAGGAAGACAUAAGUAUAUCAGAGGUUGAAAUUUCUGGAUCAAAUGUCCCAAGUUUCUGUUUAUUAGAUAUUCAGGGAUCUACUUGUACUUUAUACAUAUACAUGUUCAUAGAUGGUGAAGUCAAGGUCGACAAAGUUACCUACAAGAAACCUAUUGAUGAGUGA